AUGGUUAAAACAAGAAAUCAAUAAAAUUAAUAACUUUUAGCAACUAAUACACACGAGGUACAGCCUUAGAGAGAAAACAAAACCAUUUAAAAAUAAAAAAAAAGGUCUCAAGCUAAUCGCGCAAGUAAAAAGACCUAAAGAAAUCAAACAAUUCAGUAAAGUAACUCUUGCUAAGAAGAUUGUUUAUCUUCAAAUGAAAAUUCUGGUUGUUUCAUAGUAGAAACUAAAAAAUAUCCUGUAACUGGUAUGAAAAGCAAUAAAAAAGAAAAUAGUUAAAAACAUACCAGUACAAAUACAGAGGAAAUAGAGUGUCCAAUAUGUUUAGUGGAGAUAAAAAAUAAGCUAAGUAUUUUUAAAUGUUAGACUUGUAGUAAAGAAUUUCAUAGCCAUUGUAUAUCAGAUUGGUUUUCUAAAAAAGAUUUGUUUAAUUGUCCUAUAUGCAAUUGUUCGCCAUUCAAAUGA